CCAGUUGUGCAGUAUUUCUGAAAAGUGGUGGACCAACCAAUUGACAUUUCCGCCCCUUUCGCCUAGAAUUGUUUAAUGAAUUGGUAGUCGACUUGCAUUGAGAUGUUGCAGGAGUCUAAAGGUCCAAAGAUUAGCACACUUUAGCUCACUCAUUUAGCUUGGAGAAUCUUGUACUCAGCCAAUUUUUAAACUUCUUCCAUUCAGCAAGCACCUGAAGCAGCCAAGAUCAGCAGGUUUCACUGGAAGGUGUAUUUCGGUAUCAUAUGCAUAAAGACAGUCACGCCAGUAUUUAAAAUAGUUGGUGGUUUGCAGCCUAACAUGUAAACAGGUAAACUGGAGUUGAGUUAGAGUAUCUCAAGCUUCUGACACCUCAUCUUUCUUUAUGGACUUGUAAAGGGUUAAAAAUGUUUAUUUUAGAGAUGAAUGGGAAUACAGUUAAAAGGUUAAAUAGGUCAUAAGAAAAGAUUAAAAAGCCAUUGAGACUGAUACAGCUAAUUGCUAAAAAUAAGUUAUGUUAAAACUGCUUUUAAAAACUGAUACCCCUAUGUAGAUUUUUUUUAAAAAGCUAUUUCAUUGUGUUUAAGUAUGUUAAAAAAACAAAACUAAUUUCAUGGCGUAUUCGUGAUUUCUGUGUCAAAGCAAUUUUCAAACAGGUCACUAGAUGGCGCAUAGUGCCAGAGAGGAGCAGAAAACCGCCUUGAGGCACUUGCUGCAGAAUGAAUCCUGCCGCCGAGCUGAAUGGAAGCUAAAACGUGUGUCUCUUUGUUUAUACAUACAGGAUUUAUAAAGACACCCCACCUGACACCUGCCGGGCCAGGGGGGUUACAGACUCAUCAUCGUGGCAGAGUGUGGAACUAGCCAGCUGAGGUGGUUCAGGUUAGGAUGCCUCUAGGAUACCAUCCUUAUGGAGGUUUUCCGCACAUAUCCAACUGGGAGGAGACCCCAGGGUAAACCCAGAACUCAGUGGAGGGAUUAUAUAUCUCAUCUGACCUUGGAACAGCAUGAGAUACUCCAGUAGGAACUGGAAAAUGCUGCUGGGGAUAGGGACGUCUGGAAUGACCUGCUUAGCCUGCUGCCACCACGACCCAACCCUGGAUAAGCAGAAGAGUUCCUAAAAAGGACACCGCUGGAGUGGAAGAAGGGCGGGUGGUGUGGUGGGGUGGGGGAGAAAACAGUGAACGGUGGGGGCAGAAAGCAGCAGAGGAAACCCCCUUUGGUAGACUCCAUCAGUGCAUGUGAGUGUAUGUCGGGGGUUUACUCAGCAAAGCCAGAAGGACUUCUUUUCCACCGCCAUGGGGGAGAUGGUGAAUGCCUGGUUCGCUGAGCGCGUCCACACCAUCCAGCCAUCCAAAGAAAACCCUCCACAGCAGCGUGGCCACCAGUCCUCUGCAGAUCUCACCCCUCCCUCCGCCUCCACCAUCCUCCCACCCACCCUCAGCCUCCUGGACAACCGUUGCCCCUCCCCGGCCUCAGUCCCCAGCCCGGCCCCCGGCACCCCGACCCGCAAGAUCUCGGCGUCGGAGUUCGACCGCCCGCUCAGGCCCAUUGUGGUCAAAGACUCCGAGGGCUCCCUGACGUUCCUGAGCGACGCCGACCGUGAAACUGUCCCUCUCCGGGGCUCGGUGAUGGGUGAGGGCGGCGUCGGGGGCAACGGAGGCGGCAGUGUCAGCGGGGGUGACCGCUGCGCCAGACUGCUGGAGCUGGUGAAGGACGUGUCGAGUCAUCUGGACGUGACAGCACUCUGCCACAAGAUCUUCCUUCACAUCAACGAGCUGAUCGCCGCAGACCGCUACUCGCUAUUUCUGGUGGGCGAGGACAGCUCCAACAGGAAGUUCCUGGUCAGCCGGCUGUUCGAUGUGGCCGAAGGCUCCACGCUGGAGGAAUCGUCCAGCAGCAGCAUCCGACUGGAGUGGAACAAAGGCAUCGUGGGACACGUAGCCGCCACGGGACAACCGCUCAAUAUCAAGAACGCUUAUGAGGACCCCAGAUUCAAUGCAGAGGUGGACUUGAUCACAGGCUACAAAACCCAGAGCAUCCUUUGUCUGCCCAUCAAGAACCACAGAGAAGAGGUCGUCGGAGUGGCUCAGGCCAUCAACAAGAAAUGUGGGGAAGACUGUGCCUUCACUGAACAGGAUGAAAAGGACUUCUCAUCUUAUUUGGCCUUUUCAGGCAUUGUGCUGCACAACGCGCAGCUGUACGAGACGUCACAGCUGGAAAACAGACGCAAUCAGGUGUUGUUGGAUUUGGCCAGCUUGAUCUUCGAGGAGCAGCAGUGUUUGGAGGUUUUAUUGAGGAAGAUCGCAGGAACCAUCCUGUCCUUCAUGCAGGCUCAGGCUUGUACCGUGUUCAUCGCCGACGAAGACUCAAUGAACUCCUUCUCCAGUGUCUUUCACAUGGAACACGAGGAGCUGGGUGAAGUCCUAGAUACCCCCAAAAGGGACUGUGACGUCAGCCAGAUCAACUACAUGUACGCCCAGUAUGUUAAAAACACAAUGCAGCCUCUCAACAUCGCCGACGUCACCAAGGACCAGCGUUUCCCCUGGACGAGUGAAAACCCAGACCACACCAGCAACCAGAUAAAGAGUUUGCUCUGCACUCCCAUCCGGAAUGGCAAGAAGGAUAAAGUCAUAGGCGUUUGUCAGUUGGUGAACAAAAUGGAUGAAGCAUCAGGCAGCGUGAAGGCCUUCAACAGAAACGAUGAGCAGUUCCUGGAGGCAUUUGCAAUCUUCUGUGGCCUCGGCAUCCAGAACACACAGAUGUACGAAACAGUGGAGAGAGCCAUGGCCAAACAGGAAGUCACUCUGGAGGUGUUGUCGUAUCACGCCUCCGCCGCUGAGGAAGAAUCGCGGGAACUCCAGGUAACCGCGGUGGCCACGGUUCCGUCGGCUCAGUCGCUGCGUCUUUUGGACUUCAGCUUCAGCGACUUCGACUUGUCGGACACCGAGACCACGCUGGCGACCAUCCGAAUGUUUGUCGACCUCAACCUGGUCCAGAACUUCCAGAUGAAGUAUACGAGUUUAUGUCAGUGGAUUAUGAGCGUUAAGAAGAACUACAGGAAGAACGUGGCUUAUCACAACUGGAGACACGCCUUCAACACAGCCCAGUGCAUGUUCGCACUCCUCAAGUCAGGACGCCUACUGAACAACCUGAGCGACGUGGAGGUCUUGGCUCUGAUGAUCGCGACUCUCAGCCAUGACCUGGACCACAGAGGAGUCAACAACUCCUACAUACAGAGGAGUGACCACCCACUGGCCCAGCUCUACUGCCACUCCACCAUGGAGCAUCACCACUUUGACCAGUGCCUCAUGAUCCUCAACAGUCCUGGAAACCAGAUCCUCAGCGGCCUCUCCCUGGACGAGUACAAGGCCACUCUGAAGAUGAUCGAGAGGGCUAUUCUGGCCACCGACCUCGCCCUGUACAUGAAGAGGCGAGGGGAGUUCUUUGAGCUCACCAAGAACAGCCAGUUUGUUUGGGAGGACGAACAUCACAGAGACUUGCUGAGGUCAAUGCUGAUGACUGCAUGUGACAUCUCGGCCAUCACAAAGCCCUGGCCAGUGCAGAAAAGGAUUGCUGAGCUGGUGGCCACUGAGUUCUUUGAACAGGGUGAUAAGGAGAGGCGAGAGCUCAACAUUGAGCCCAUUGACCUAAUGAAUCGUGAGAAGAGAGAUAAGAUACCCAGCAUGCAGGUGUCCUUCAUUGAUGCCAUCUGCAUUCAGUUGUAUGAGACGUUGGCAGGCAUGUCAGAGUAUUGCUCGCCGUUGCUGGAAGGAUGUCAGAAAAACCGGCAGCAUUGGAAGCGCUUGGCCGAGGAGUGCGAGAAGGGGUUGGUCAAUGGCUUAGUGUGAUCUGGACUCCAGUUUGGGUCUCAACACCAACUCGCAGGGUUCUCCCUGUCCAACCGGGUCUCACAAAGUUUCAUGAACUUAGCAUGAUACCUAGAGUAAAGAAGUAACAUGCUGUGUACACUGAAAGAGAGAGAAUAUUUUCAUUGCCUUCAGCUUCAGCAAUCUUGAAGCAGGUUCAGGUCAAGUUUCAUAGGUUUGUCCACCCUUCCUAUCUGUAAUAAUAGCACACUCACCUAGCAGGAUCUGGGAACAUGGCUAUGCUAUCAGGGGCACUUUGGGCUAAAUGCUAAUAGAAGCAUGUUACAAGGUUCACAAGGAUCAUGCUAACAUGCUAGUAUUUGGGGUACAAUAUGGAGGAAUUAUGAGUCUCACUCCCAAGACUGCUUGGCGUCAAGGCAAACUACUUUCAGGUGACGAGAAGUUUGCCUUGUAACAAGAACUUAACUUUAGAAAAGGUGUGUUUUAAUCCAAACCUUUGUCUUUUCCAAACCUUAAAAUGGUUUUGAUGCCUAAACUUAACCAAAUAGUGAGUGAAGAUGUGACUUGAGACUAUGGUAUAACUGGUAUUUUGUAACGUUUCCCAGCUUCAUCAUCGUAUUUUAGCAUGUUAGCAUGAUAGCGUUUGCUAAUGAGUGCGAAAAACAAAGUACAGCUAAGGAUGAUGGGAAUGCCAUUAAUUUGGCAAGCAUUCCCUCUGUAGGAACUAGAGGCAAGUGUGAGGUGGUGCAAAAGUUUACAACAAUGGCACCAUAAUCAGACUUUUUGGCCUUUUUGUUUCCAUCGCGGUGUCGAAUCAAAAUGCUUCUACAGUGACAUUAACUCCAUGUGUGCUAAACAGAUACAAGUAGGAGUUGCUGGACAUAGCACUAGUUCUCUGAAUAUGUAGAACAAUGGAGGGCUUAUGUUAGCCUACAUGACAAAUUUUACAUUGCUGAUGGUAAUGUUGGGGCAAUGGAGACUGCUACUUGACAUGGAGAUUGAGAACAUGGAGAUUGAGAGAUUGUUCAGAACAUGCUCAAAGACCACAUGAAAAGGCCAGUUAGUGGGCUGUUCCUGUAAACAUUAGUACCACCUCACAUCUGCCUGACUUCCUGCGCUAGAAAGACCGCCUAUUGUCAUCCAUACAUCAGUGGUAGCAUGACCAGACCAGAAAGUAGGGUCAGCGUAAAUGUUAGCAUACUUUGUUGUAGCAAUUUAGCCAUCUUCCCAGGUCAUUUUAGUGAGUACCUAGCAUAGCAGAUAUGAAAAAAUGACUCAAACCCAAGUUGAAAUACCUCUCAAUACAACAACUUCAACAAAUGUGUUUGUUAACUUACUUUAACCUUUGGCUAACUCCCACAACAACCAGGAGGGAACGAGGUCAACAGCAUGGCACCGCUGUUUCUGGGGUCAUGCUCGUUUCAUCAAAGUUUGUGAGACCCGUCGUCACUAUUCUGUCCGUCACCUCACCAGAGAUAAUAACAGAGUCAGCACUAAGCUAUAUUUAUUAGCAUAGCCAUUUUUAUUUUUGCACAGAGUGGCUUUCACAGAUCCUUAGAGGUCAGCACCGUUCCAGUGGGAUCAAGAUACUGUACUUGCGAUAUACUUUACAUAGUGUCACAACGAUCUGAUAAGCUUGUUUAAAUGUCUUUGUUCACAGCACACACACACACAUUACAUGGGUUUGAGUCUUACGAACAUUUUUUUUCACUCAUCGUAACUAUUGCAUAUUUAUUUUUGUUUUGUAUAUUUAUUAGAGUAUCUAUAUUGUAAGGUCAUCCUUUUGUCAAGAGCACACGAGUCUAUAUAGGUAAAUGUAGUUUUCAUACUCAAAAAAAAUCCCAUCUCUGCUUUUUUUGAAGGACCUUUCUUAGGGAAAACUCUUUGACAUGACAUUUGGAAAUGUACUGUAUUGUGUUGUCUGAAAAUUAGAUUUUUUUUUCUCAAAAUGUAAAAGAGCCAAAGACUAGACCUGAAAUUUCAAAGGGAAAUAGGUCUAGAUGUUUCCACUGCCUUGUUGUGAUAAAAUAGGACCAAUUCACUAUUAAAAGAAAGAAUCUAUUUUUAUUCAUCCGCAUCUCUCUGCAUCCAUUAAUGCCUUUUUCCACAACAAAAGGCUGUUUCUACAUCCCCGUUUUUAUAAAGUGAAUGAUGGAGGAGUGUUUCUGUUCAAUAGUGGGCAGCCUGACCCGACAGUGUUGAUAUAUGUGACUCAAAUUGAUCUUUUAUCCAUCAUCAAGCGUAUUGGAUUUGGCAAAAAGCGAAAAAGAUGGUCUCAAAAGAUUCUUCUGCCACAUUCAGAGGGGUUUCUGUUAGCGCUGGAACGCAGAAUGUAUCUGAGCUAAAUGCUGACAAGUUAUUCAAAUCACACUCAAAAAGCAAAAAGGGUUUACGCACCAGAAUCAACUAGUUUCAGGUUCAGAUUCAUCAAAAAUGACAGUUCAUUACCAACAGUCACUAAUUGUACAGAGGUGCCCUUAGAUCUGCCUCACUGAAAACCUCACAAAGCCCCUUUCAUUUUCCUUUCCUGCAAGUUUAACCACCAAAAACAAAAGCAUUCAUACAUUCUGAUUAAUGUCAGUCAUUGUGGCAGUUCCAAAAAAUACAUACCAACCAUUACUGACAACAACAGGAGAAAGAUUAGGACCAGUUAAAACAGGUAAAUCCAUCCCCUUUAAAGGUUAGUCUGACUCAUUAGAUUACUUCAUUUUCCCAACUUUCUACAAUCUGCAUUUACCAUUUUUAAAAUGCUCUUCGCUACAGAAAACAACAACGUCCAAGCAGCAACCUACACAUUAAAAACACAUUGUCAGACAUCAUGAAGUAAAGCAGUAGGGGUCGAUUUUUUAUUGGUCUAGCCAAUUAUCCUAAUUGAUAUUCAGCAUUUUUCUACUUAGUCUUUUUUAAAAUCAAGUCUUAUACAAUAAAUUAAUGUAAAAGCUCACUAUUUGGCUUUAACACAGCCGCCUCACCACUUUUUUGCCCCGUCCAAAGCACUGUUUGGUUUCACAUCACGACUAAUGAUGAAUCAAACCUGAAGCAUAAAUGUUCAUAAGUUUCCUUUUAAUCAACUAUAUGUUAAACAGAUAACCAAAGACUUGGACUUAGGGUUAUUUUCAUUUUUACUACACGGGUAUAUCAGUUUCUAAUCGUUUUCAAUCUCCUUAAUGAUUAAUAAUUUUCAGUGGCCCGAAAAAACAAAAAUACAUUUAUAUCAGUUGACCUCUAUAAGGCACUUGGUUCUUUGCCUGAAUUAGCUGUUUUAAUGACGUUCGCCUCCUUAUGUGCAAAUGUUCCACCAAAACACUUCCCCAACACUAUUUCGCUGGGGCAGCAUCACUGCAUCCUGGGCUAAACACCACCCGAAAUGACUUUGAUUAGAAAUAUGUACCGACCUGAGUCUUUUUACCCCAAAAGCUGAAUAAUAAUGGGUGCGGUCAACCUGCUGAUUAAUUAAAAGCAAUUACCUGUUCUGGGUGUGUGAACCCUGUUUGUGCUUUGAGGGUGGUUUUUCUUUAACUAAAAGUCAGCACAUGUAGCUGCUGCUUUAAACCAGACAGGCUAAUGCUAAUGCUAAAGUCUAAAGUUCUGGUGACCCAGUUCAGCCCACAGAACAGCAAUUCCCAACCCAAGAGUAGAACGUCUAAGAGGUCACAACCACCAGCAGAUGAUUAAAAACCCACAAGAGAAUAAUCUGUUACAUAAGUCAGGAAAUGCAGGCCCCUGCAAAUCAUUCAAAAGAAACCGUCAGGAGGAGCUACAAGGGUUUUGAUGCUACUGUAGCUACAAAACCAGUACAAGUUUGUACCUUUACAUAAAAACGCAUUGAAAUCCUACUUUACUUAAGAAGCCAAAGGUUGCAAAUGCUAGCGGCUUCGUUGCUUAUGGUACAUAAAAGUGUAGAAUAAUUAAAAUUCCACAAAAGGUCAACUUUUUGAUACCAAUAAACAGAAAACUGAACCAGCUGCAUUGUCAAAGAGGUGCAUUGUCCAUGAAAAGACAAGAUUUUACCUCCUGCUUUAAAAUACACAUCCAGAUUUGUUUCAUGUAGGGGUUGAAAGUUGGUCGUUUACUUCUGCCAUCACUCAGAUCACUUCACGUUUUUACAAAGCUGUAGCGCUCGGUACGCACAGUAACAGACACCGGAAACGAACGGGCUCGACAGCCUCAUCUAAAAGCACUUUUGUAGACGCUCACAAAGCUCAUUUGUAUCUGUGGUUGUGUUUUGUACUUUGAAUACGUCUCCAGGACUGUAAUACAUGUGCCUGCAGUCUGACCUCUGUGCUUCUUUUACUAAAAACAACUCUUAGUUCCUCACUGCUUGGGUCUCAGAGAAUCUUUGGUUUCCUGUAUGUACAUAGGAGGGCAUUUACACCAGAGAGAGUCAGAGAUUUUUUUUUUUUUUUUAAAGAUAAGGUGGUGACAUAAUGUAAUAUGCUGAUACAGUACAAUUAUGAAGGAGGUGUUCCACAUCUGCAACUGUCGACACCACUGAACACUGUGAGCCCAGUGAAUGGUAUGUCCCAUUAAAGAAUAAUACUAAUUUGGUAUGUCUUCUGUGUUGCUCUGUACUUUAUGGUCACAAUGAGCUUUACAGUGUGCUGCGCUGCCACCUGCUGGUCAAAAAGCAAUAAAACCACAACCACAAACUUAAGGGAAAAAAGCAAAAAGAUAUUUAUUAACAACUUUUUCUUUUAAAAAGUUCAACAUAUAAACCACUAUCUUCUAAAACAGAAGGUUGACAACUUGAGAGAAAGUGGAGCAAUAAAGAAAAGAAUAGAUAAAUGCUGGAUAUGAGAAAUAUUUACAUCAGUGUGGACAGAGAGGGGAAGGCAGUGAGGUAGGAGAGGGCAGUAAAAUCUACUGGUUUCUACAGGGUCGGUGGCCGGUGCUAUGUACAGCUCAUAGGGUUUGGAGGUUUAAACCGAGUCGGUCCUCUUGUACGCCACCAUGCUGUUCACCUUGUGGAUGGAGGUGGUGAAGGAGCGCAGACGCACCUCCUCCGAUUGGUCGAUGAUCUGCGGCCCAGACUCCUCCCACUUGUCUGGAAUCUCCAGGUCUUUGUCCGUGUAGACGAGGAGGUCAAAGGCACCUGGAGUAGAGGGCAAAGAGGUCACAAGAAUCAACCAGAACUGAUGCAAACUUCAGUACAAAUGGCUCUGAAACAAAAAGUCUAGUUCAGGGGUGUUAAACAUGCGGCCCACGGGCCAAAACUGGCCCUCCAGAGGGUCCAGUCCGGCCCACGGGAUGACUUUGUGUAAAAAUGACAAGACAUGAACUGCAAAUUAUAAAUUUGUAAAACUAUAAAUUUAAAACAAUUUCUAGACCAUGACAAGUUGUUUUGAUCAUAAAGUAAAAUACUAGAUUGCUCAUUGUUCUUUUGUGUCUUGCUUGUGCUUUUUGUCUUAUUUUGUGCAUCAUUUUUGUCGUUUUGUCUCGCUUAUGGUUUGUCUAUUUUUUGUCCUUUUGUCUCAUUGUGGUCAUUUUUUGUCUAGUCAUUUGUGUAAUUUUUUUGUCAACUAGUAACUUUUGUCAUUUUUUUUCUCUGUUUUGUGUCGUUUGUCAUUUUGUUUCUCGCUUUUGACGUUUUGCGUCUCCUUUUUAAAGUCCUGAUGGGAACAUUUUCAGAUUAUACUUUUUUGCGCUAAAACAAAGGGAAAAAUUUGAAGUUGUCAUUAUUUAUGCUGUGAUUUUACUGGUCCGGCCCCCGGAUCAGAUUGGGCUGAAUGUGUCCUGGUCUAGUUACUCACAUGGUGUCUCCAGCAGCGGCAGGAAGGUCACCGUGGCUGUGAUCUGUCUGAUGACGGAGCGGAUCUCGUCCUGGAUGGUCUUAAUGGAUUUCUCUCUGGGAGCGCUGGGCAACACAGGAGAACUGGGUUAUGAUCUAAUCGUCACCAACAAACUAGGGCAGUCUGCCUCAGUGCAAAGUCCAAGCCUGUUUUGUUCUGAGUAGCUGCCUGCGUCUGAGUGGCUUUACAAACGUCGACAUAAAACAGGCCUCGUCGCAAACACUGGUUUAAAUUAUCAUUCUGAAAAACCUAGAAAGCAGCAAACAACUGGUUCUGUAGCAACAAGAGAAGAAGCCGCCUUUAUUUGUCACAAAUCCAUUUUUACAACAUUGUGAAAUGUUAUUUUUGCAUAUUCCAAUUGGGGUCAGCCAUGGUACAGCACCCAUUAUGGCCCAUUAUCUAAUAGUCGCUUCAUGCCACAAAGUAAAAGUCAUGUCAAACUGGUUUCCUCUACAACUAGGAGACACCUUUUGGAUGUGGUUCACUGAGGGACUGGCAGCAUGAAUGUGCAGCUGACAAAACUACAGAAAAGAUGUGCUGAAUCAUGUCGACAUGGAGUAGAACCUCAGAGGAAGGUUUCCAACAGAAAAUGGAGGCUCAGCUCAGAACUGUAGUAUGCUGUUCUCAAUAAGUGUUUUGGAAAAUGGGGGGAAAAAAUAUAGAAAACCACCAUAAUCAGACUGACAAGUAUGACAUGUCACCUGCUGGGAUUUGAUUGGAACGCAGCUCAAACUACCAACCAAGUCCCAACAUGUAGUGACUCCUUCAAAGUGACAGAAAAUCCACAUUACGGUUCAUCAUUUAACCCAAGGCAUAAAACAGACUUUCUGUACUUUAUGAAUCUAGUAGAGAAACCGACCUGCUCUCCUUGGCCGACUUGUCACACUCGAUGUCAAACUGCCAUCUCUCCAGCACCUCGUUGGUCUCCAGACAUGUGAUCACCAACACCAGCUUCUGCACCGUGCACUCAAACAGCCACUCUGCAACACAGAACAAGAUGAUUAUCAUUGAGGUUUGGGACUGUUGGUCUGACAAAACUAGUAGCAUGAAGACCAGGGACAGUGGAAAUUAUAAAGGAAACUUCUUAUAUGCCAGAGGAGCUGUUGGGUUUUGAUUAGACAUGGGGUAUCUACUAAGAGUUAAUCUGCUACAAAACAUUCUUGAAUCGUCCAAAAAUGGCAGAAAAACACUACAUGGACAAGCAACCAAGGGGCGUCUUUACAGAAGAAUUUUUUGUCUUUGUCUGUACUAAUCAUGUUUUUCCAUAUUUGUAUUUGUUUGCAAUCUGCCUCAGACUUUCCAUGUGUGAUCAGAGUCCAGACCUCAUUACAUCGAUAGGCUGAAAUACUCUCAGUCGCAGCGCCACCUGGUGGACACGCUGGGAUUCGUUGACCAGCAAGAAUCUGAGGAGCCGUUCAACACUGCUUGCAGCUUUAAUUUGUUACUGGAUUCCUGUCAGCCUUAACAAACAUAAUUAUUAUUAUUUGCUCUUAAAUUUCAGAUCAUCUCUAGUCACAUAUAGGUAUAGAACUCCAAUCCCAACAGUCCUUAAAAUGGUCCCUGCAGAGGAAACCAGCAAGCAAGGAGAAAAAAAUCUUUGAGGUAGCAGCUCGCUACCUUUGAGUUGAGACACCACUUUGGUCAGGUAGGUCUUCAGCUUGGCAUCGGUGGUGAGUUGGAGGCUCAUGUCAUAGUGGGUGACUCUGCUGAAGGUUUCUGGAGGAUAGAUGCCCCGCUGGUACAGGAUGCUGUUGAUGCCAAACG